GGCCCAGUCACCAAGGUGGAGGGCCAGGAUGCAGUGGCUGUGCUGUCUGUGGCCAGGACUGGAGAACCCGAGGCCGAAUGGGAAACGCCACACGUGAGAGUGAGGUGACUAAGACUUCGGCCUGAGGUGAGCUGCCAGUUUCAGGGAGGACCCAGCCACUCCACUGCUGGGCACACUGGAUUGUUCUCUGCUCCCACAGACACAUCUGCAAGAGGGAAGCUGGCCCCAUUUCUCCCACUGAAUCGUUUGAACACUUGGCCCCAACUCAGAUGUGUCUCCCUUCACAGUCUCUGCUGUAGGUCUCUCCCCUCUGCCCCCUGCCCCUCAGUCUUGAAUAGUACCUGGGUAGAAUCUGAAAAGCAGUGGGGAGAGAAGAAGCCAGAGUACCUUUAAUCUCUGAGAGACUGCAAAGUUCUACCAGUGACAUUAUUAUAAAGCUUAGUUUAACAAAGAAGGGGGAAACAAGAAACCCUCAGAAGGCAGUGCCUAGAGAAUCACCAACAUGGUAGGUUUAUUGCUUUCCUUUCUUCUUUCCUUCUCUGCCUUCCUUCCUACAUCAAAUAUUUACUGAGCCCCUUUCUAUGCAUUGGGCAUAUACUUUUUGGAAUAACCUAUGACCCCUGUCUCAAGGAGUUUGUAGUGAAGUCGAGGAAACAAGACAGAAAUCCUAAAUUCACAAUAAAGAAGUAACAUGAAGCCAAUGGAUAUUGUAGACACAUGUAACACUUGGGACUAUGUGUUCAGAGAAAGAGGUGGAGGCUUCACAGAGGAGAUGAGCUCAAAUUGUACUUUUGAGAUGGGAAAAGUUGGAAGGGGCGUGUCUGGGAGGUCGUUCCAAGCAAGGGAACCCUCCAAUGAAGGGAGUACAGAGUGGGGAGCAUUUGCUCUGUGUUUAGGGUUGAAACCCUCUGUGGAUCAUGUGUUGAAGUGUGGGAGGUAACAGUGAAAAGAAUCUGGAGACAAGAUCGGACUGAAAGAGGCAUCUGGACUUUCUCCUCCAGCUGGGAACUGCCCAGCUCCUUGCUUUCACCUAGAUCUCCUUGGAGAACCUGGGUACUGCUUGACACUGAACCUGUCUUUGUUAUGGUUGGGUGGGCAAUGGGUACAAAUGCCGUGACACAAGGAGCAGGUUCAAAGAAAAAGGUACAUGGUCCCCCAGACUCUCAUCAUCCCAUGAAGAGACGUGCUUGGCCAGGCCAGUGCUGGAUGCAGCAUGCGUUGUGUUCUGGAGGAAGCAGCAUGGUUGGGAGGGGCCCAGAGCACCCAUUCACGCUGGAGAAUUCUGAGCUGCACAGUCAGGGUUACAGCCUUGCUGGUAUGAAAAAUGUUCAUUUCCAGCAGCACAUCAACAUUGUUUUUGGUUGGAAGUCUUACAGGACUUCUUGCUGAGCCAGCUUGUGGCUAAAUUAGAGGGAGAGCUGGCAACAAACUGGCUAGUCUCCACACAUCCAUCAGGAUCGUUGGUUUUCUAAGUUCUUUUGAAGGGUAGCAGCUGCCUUUCUCAAAAGAAAUUCUCUAGAGAACCUCAAUGUAUAAAAUAUUUAAAAGUGGAAUUGCUGCAGAUAGGGAGGGAAUGGAGUGCCCAGAAUCCUACCAGACAGUCCUUAGGAACCCUGAACAUACUGAACCUGGUUUUAAGCUGCUGAUCCAGGUAAGAGGCAAUGGUAAGCCAUGAAAGGGCUGUAAGCAGGGAGUGAGAUGACCCAAUAUGUAUUUUAGAAGGAUGCCCGUAGCUUCUGGGUGGAAUCUAAUUUGGAGGCAGGGAUCCCAGUUUAAGAAGCUACUGAAAUGAUGCAGACAUGAGUUAAAGAGGUCUAGACCCAGGGCACUGUUAUCAAGGAUUACAAGUAGGUUUGGAUUCAAGAAACUUUUUUUGAGUGAGACUCAGUGGGGAUGAGUGACCAAUUGAAUACGAGGGGGUGGAGCCUGCUAGGGCUCGAGGCAUGCCAUAAAUAGUGACAGCCAAACAGGGAGAGAAACCAGCUAGGCCAAAGGAUGAGUUCACUUUAGGGCACGUUGUGUUUCAGCCACUCUGGGACAUUGACCAAUAGACAGUUAAAAAAUAUGUCUGAGAACAUAUCUGAGAGAACCAUGCUGCUUCUCUCCUAGGAGAGAAUGUUGGAGCUAAGAAUUACAAUUUGGGAAUAAGCAACAGAUUGGUAGACACAAAAGAUAUGGGAGUAGAAAAUGUGUAUACCAUGAGAAGAAAAACGCCUAAAAGACAACCUAGUGAUAAUUCGACUUUUAUUCCGUUUUUUUUCACUGGUGUUAUCAUUUAUUACCGUCACAAAUGAACAUUUUAGGGAGCAGAGACAAUUUACUUACUGGAUGUUUGGGGCAGGAAGGACUUGCUUCUGUUCUCUAAGGAUGGGCAUGCUGACAACCGCAAUACAGAAUCACAAAUCGGCAGGCUACACGAGAUGCGAGGCAGCCCUCAAGGACGCUUCCACCUCCAGAUCUGACAGGAAAGAGCAGAACUGGAGAUCCUGGCUCUAAAACUCCCCAAGUGUGCUUCUUUGCAUUACUCAUUCUGCAUGCAACAGACGCUGUAAAUAUUUUGCCUUCUCUACUAGAUGGUAAGCUUUUGGAGAACAGGAGAUAAUGCACAGGAAGCUCUUAGGAUAGUGCCUGGCACGCCCCUUUGAUGGUGACUGUUACGAAUUCAAUUAUUCUUUUGAAUUCUUCGCAAUUUUGUACACAUCGGGCACAAAAAAUUCAUCCAAGAAGUUCAGGGCACCCUGAUAAUCUUCCACAAAGCAAUUUCCAUUUCAUUUUCUUUCUUCUUUCUUUUUUUUUUUAAUAUGCUGGAGUCAAGUAAAGACGACCUGGAUGGAUGAUUCUCUCCCACUUGGGAAACGUGUAUCCUACCCAUUCUCAAAAUCUGCCCUAGCUUGACCUGGCUUGACCUAACCUUGAAGAAGAGUUUCUGGGUCAGCAGAGCUUGUAGGCAGGGGCCCCCAGCUCCCACCCCCCCAAAAUCUCUAAGUUUCCGUCAGUUCCUUCCGCAAGUGCUAAAAUAAUCUGAUGCCCCAGAGAGAGGAGGCAGCUCAGCCCCGCGUUCGGCUGCUGUCGAGGAGGAGGCCGGAGUCCCGGGAGAGGAUGCGCCCCGAGGAGCCGCCUGGGCCUGCGGGAGCCCUGGAUGGAGUAGCUGACUGUCGAGGGCGGAACCUUGCUUCAGUGCCCAGCGAUCUCCCGCCCUCCUCCCGGACGCUCCUCCUGGAUGCCAACCCUCUCAGGACCCUGGGGAACAACUCGCUGCAGCGUUACCCUUUCCUGGAGAGCCUCAGUCUGCACGACUGCUACCUGGAGCGCAUCGGCCACGUCGCCUUUCAGGAGCAGGCCCGCCUGCGCAGCCUGGCGCUGCCUGACAACGCCCUCUCCGAGCGCUACAAGGAGACGGCAGCUGCCCUCCACAGCCUGCGCGGUCUGCGCAUGCUGGACUUGUCAGGGAACUCCCUGACGGAAGACAUGGCGGCUCUCAUGCUCCAGAACCUGUCUUCACUGGAGUCCGUGUCCCUGGCAAGGAACAUCAUCAUGAGGCUCGAUGAGUCCGUCUUUGAGGGCCUGGGCCACCUCAGGGAGCUGGACUUGCAGAGGAACUACAUCUUUGAGAUUGAGGGUGGUGCUUUUGAUGGCCUGACACAGCUGAGACACCUCAACCUGGCCUAUAACAACCUCCCAUGCCUUGUGGAUUUCAGCCUCACCCAGCUGCGGUCCCUCAAUGUCAGCCACAACGUCCUGGAGUGGUUCCUAGCGUCUGGGGGAGAGGCCGCCUUUGAGCUGGAGACCCUGGACCUCUCUCACAAUCAGCUGCUGUUCUUCCCCCUCCUGCCCCAGUGCAGCAAGCUGCACACGCUGCUGCUGCGGGACAACAACAUGGGCUUCUACAGGGACCUGUACAACACCUCCUCACCACAGGAGAUGGUGGCCCAGUUCCUCCUGGUGGAUGGCAACGUGACCAACAUCACCACCGUCAACCUCUGGGAGGAGUUCGCGUCCAGCGACCUCUCCGGUCUCCGCUUCCUGGAUAUGAGCCAGAACCAGUUCCAGUACUUGCCAGAUGGCUUCCUUAAAAAAAUGCCUUCCCUCUCCCACUUGAACCUCAAGCAGAACUGCCUGGUGACGCUCCACAUCCGGGAGCAUGAACCGCCAGGGGCGCUUGUGGAGUUGGACCUGAGUCAGAACCAGCUGUCAGAGCUGCACUUGGCUCCGGGGCUCCCUGGCUGCCUGAGGAGCCUCCGGUCCUUCAACCUGAGCUCCAACCAACUCCUGGGUGUCCCCGCUGGCCUUUUUGCCAAUGCCAGGAACCUCGUUACAGUUGACAUGAGCCAUAAUCAGAUCUCACUUUGUCCCCUGCCUGCAAGCUUGGACCCCGGGGGCACCCCUGGCUGUGUGGAUUUCAGAAAUGUGGCAUCUUUGCAGAGCCUGUCCCUGGAGGACUGUGGGCUGGAGGCACUACAAGACUGCUCAUUUCAGGGCACCGCUCUCACCCACUUAGACCUGUCUGGAAACUGGGGGGUUCUGAAUGGAAGCAUUGCCCCUCUCUGGGAUGUUGCCCCCACAUUACAGGUCCUGUCUCUCAGGAACGUGGGCCUCACUUCCAGCUUCGCAGAGUUGGACUUCUCUGCAUUUGAGAAUCUGAGGAGCUUGGACCUGUCAGGAAAUGCCUUGACCAGUUUCCCAAGGUUCGGGGGCAGCCUGGCCCUGCAGACCCUGGAUCUCCGCAGAAACUUGCUCACGGCCCUUCCUCAGAGGGCGGUGUCUGAGCAGCUCGCAGGAAGCCUGCGGACCGUCUACCUCAGUCAGAAUCCAUAUGACUGCUGUGGUGUGGAGGACUGGGGGGCCCUGCAGCGCCUGCACAUUGUCGCCGACUUGGCCAUGGUCACUUGCAACCUCUCCUCCAAGGUCAUUCGCCUGACGGAGCUGCCCGCGGGCGUUCCUCAGGUUUGUAAGUGGGAGCGGGUGGACAUGGGCCUGCUGUACCUCGUGCUUAUCCUUCCCAGCUGCCUCACCCUGCUGGUGGCCUGCACCAUCACCUUCCUCACGUUCCGGAAGCCUCUGCUUCAGGUCAUCAAGAGCCGCUGCCACUGGUCCUCCAUAUACUGACCCCGACUAUGUUCUAACGUGCCCACAUUAGAACUUUGGUCUGUGCGUGUAAGGACACCUUCUCUGCUGCGUUUCAAGAUCUGAUGCAGAAGACAAAUCUGAUGAACUGAGGUUUAAAUUAAAGUUUAAAAUGUUUCCAUCCCUUAGUUGUCCCAGGUUCUUCCUCCUUCACUGUGGUAUAUCCUCAACCAUCUUGGUAAAAUAUUUAUUAAGUGAUAUUCUGUGAAAAUAAAAAAAUGUGUCUUAUAAAUAUUUUUAAAAUCAAA